AUGCGCAACGGGACAGCGGAGACACCGGAGCGCCGGGGAAGGAUCGGGCCUGGCGGGGGCGCGGGGGCUCGGAUCGGGGGAGGGGUCGCGGUCCCGGCCCGGUACCGUGGGGAGGGGGGGGCGGCCCCGCGCCCCCCGCCCGCCCCACGUGACCGCCGCGCGCCCCCCGCCGCUCCCACCUGGCCCGCGAACGCGCGGGCAAAGGCCCCGCCCCCGCUGCUCCUAUUGGCCCGGCCCCGCCCACCGCGCGACGCCAUUGGGCGGGGAGCACGCUCGUCAGCCACGCGCCCGCGGCGCCCCCGACGCCUUAAAGGGGCCGCCACCAGCACGGCCGCCCUGGCGCGGGGGACAGCGGGCCCGGGGGUUUGCACCGCGGCGCGGAGCGGCCGCCGGUGCCGCCCCCGGUACCGCUCUUACUCCCGUCAUGUGAAGCGGCGGGACGGGCUCCCGCAGGUCACGAUGGAGCCCACGGCCUCGCAAGUGUUCUGCGGGAGGGUGCUGGGCAUGGUCAACGCCGAGGACGUGAACGCCAUCAUCCUGGCCCAGAAAAACAUGUUGGAUCGGUUUGAGAAGACGAACGAGAUGCUGCUCAACUUCAACAACCUGUCCAGUGUCCGCAUGCAGCAGAUGAACGAGCGCUUCCUGCACCACACCAGGACCCUGGUGGAGAUGAAGAAGGACCUGGACAGCAUCUUCCGGAGGAUCCGGACACUCAAAGGGAAGUUGGCAAAGCAGUACCCAGAGGCUUUCAGCAACAUCCACGAAUCCCCCAUCCUGGAGGACGACGACGACUUCGACCCUGUCCCCAAGAGCACCACAACCACCAUCGCUACCUCUGAGCAGAGCACGGAGUCCUGUGACACCAGUCCCGACGUCAUCUCCCCCACCACCAGCCAGGAUUUCGAGGAUUUAUCCCAAGGCCAGUACGACGGCCCAGCCAUGAACGGACAGAGUCUCACAGACGAGGACACGGCCAACGGCCUGGACUAGGAGCCACGUGCUGCCCCUGGAGAACUUUCUAUCCUGUAUUUAUAUUUGU